UCUAAAGUGUAUUCGCAAUGGAUUACAAUUUGUACAAUAUACAUACAUAUACGUUCUUAUCUGUAAGUUAAAGAUCCCCAAUAACCGGACUUACCGAUCGGGAUUAAAUAUAACUUAAAGUUUUAAUAUUGUAAAUAAACAAAUAUUGAUGGACAGAAUUCAAGUAAAAUGUGUUGUGAUGGGAGAUAUAAAGGUUGGGAAGACAUCAUUGAUAAUGUCGUAUGCCUAUAACAUGUUCCAGGAAGAAGAUAUUCCUCUCGUAUUUGAUUUUAAAACAACUAUUACAGAGAAUGACAAACCAGUAGACCUCGUGUUAUGGGACACUUGUGGUAAUGCGGAUUAUAACAAGCUACGACCAGUUUCCCUCCCCGACACGGAUGUCUGUCUGUUAUGUUUUUCCCUGGAUGAUCCAGACAGCUUUACAUUUGUUGAGGAAAAAGUUUACCCAGACAUCAAACGUCUCUGUCCAAAUACAUUAACUUUGCUUGUUGGUACUAAAAAAGAUUUGAUAAAAAUUGAUCAGAACGAUCAGGAAAUAAAGAAGAAAGACACAGACAGGUAUGCGCACGGAAUAAACCUGGCAGAACAGAUUCAAGCUGUGAAAUACAUGGAGUGUUCUGCAAAAACAGGCGAAGGAAUAAAAUCAGUGCUACAAGAAGCAAUCAAAUGCGUAUUUAAUAAGACAAAGAAAAUCAAAGAAAAAAAGUCAAAUUGUUAUGUAUUGUAGUUGGCCGUUUCAGAAUCUAAAGCACCAUGGGUUAUUUAAUUGUUCGUAUCCCAAAGGGAAAAUAACGUUACGUCAUUGGUUGCAUCUCCAUUGUUUAUAAAGUUUUAAACCAAUCAAAACGCUUCGGUGUACCCUUUUGAAAAUAUUACCUAGGAUGCAUCAGAUUCUGAAACGACCAACUUCAAUGUAUUUGUUGUCCUGUGAUAAAUGUUUGUUCUUUAGUCAUUGACAAAUCUAUACGUAAAUAGAUCAUCUGUAGUAUAUUUCAUUAAAUAUUCUUUUUUUCUACUAAGAUAAAAUGAAAAAAUGUUAAUGCCUUUUUCAAAUAUUUUAUCAAAAGUAUA